AUGGCCAACCAAGCUCUCCAACACUCUGCUUCACCAUCAACCCCUUCCUCUGACCAAAUCGCCAUGCGAGAGGCAGCAUUCCUUGCUGCCAGUCGCAGCCUCCUCAGUUCAAGAGGGGGCACAACACUGAAAAAUACCCCAGUUCCAACUCCUGUCGUCUCAAAUGAGAGCGAGAAGAAGAGGCGUGAUGACAAGGAAGUAUUUGGCAAUAUUCUGAGUCAUUUGGAGCAAGGAGGGGGAUUACCCGAGGUAGGGGUUAUAAACCAACCACUGUCCACGAAGGAGGUGACGGUGGUGGUGACUGAAGAAGAGGCGGUGGCUGAAGAAAUGGUGGUGGCAGAGGCAGUGGUGAAUGAAGAAGAAACAGGAAGAGACACUCUGACCUUAGAGACUCCUGAGGUAACUGCCAAUGCAAAAACCUAUGACAAACCCUCCAGAGUGGUGGUGGAGGAGAUUGUGGUGGCUGAAGUUGCGAUGGAGGAAGUGGAAACGCAACUAGAAGUAGUUGAAGAGAAAAAGAAGAAGAAGAAAAGCAAGAGGAGAAAGGCUGGAGAGUUCGUAGAAGAGUUCGAGAGAGAAGAAAAAGAAGAGGAAGAGGAAGAGAAAAAUAAGAAGGAGGAAGAGGAAAGGAGAUUAAAAGAAGAGAAGGAGAAGAAGUGCGAAGCUAAUAGGCGGUGCUUACAGAAGAAGAAGGGUAAAGAACUCGCAGAACGCGAGAAGGAAGAACAACGCAAAGAGAGGGAGAAGAAGCAAAGGCAAGCAGCCCGCCUUGCAUUGGCCAAAGAAAAGGGCAAGUCAAUCGAGAAAAGUAGCAAGCCUGCGUCGGUAGUGAGAGAUUUCUACCGCGGGCGUCUACACGGAACCAGGGAUGCGGUGACCCUCAAAAGAGAAACGGUGUCCUUUAGCGCAAGGGACAUCAAUGAGAUAUACCAAAUGAAGGAUAACCCAUAUGCAUCGGGGAACAAAAUCAUUGAUGACCCCACAGAGCAGCAGAUGGAGGAUGCGCUGCAAGUUUUAAUGCAACUGGGCAUGAAGUGGUCGGUUUCACUCAAGGGCGUCAGCACCUUGGCUUCCAAAUCUUUACUUCUGGAGGGAAGGCUUUGGGUCUACUUGGUUAAGAAGCGUCUUAUCUCAACAACACAUGACAAAACUGUAUCAAGGGAUCGAGUCAUGGCUACAUACUGCAUUGUACGCAGCAUUCCAAUCGACGUAGGGCAGCUGAUCGCAAGACAGCUCAGAGCACUG